UUGAUAAGAAUUACCAACUUUUUGAGAAUUAACUGUAGACAAGAAUAUUUGUAGUACAAAAAGUGUAUGUUGAACUGAUUUACAGAAAAAGAAUAAAAAGUGCGUAAAAAAAAUAAAACUUGAUAUCCUUAGCUUGCUGAUAAGGAAAAUGAAGGUGAUCCAAUUGGCUCAGCCAUUCGUCGUCCCUACUUUUUGCCAUCAUCUGAAGCCCAGAGCUGUUUCCAAGCAUAACCAUGAUUCCACCAUUUCGUUAACCCUCAAGAGGAAAGCAGCAGAGAUAUCCCCAGACUUGAAAGGAACUUGUUUAUUCCUUGUUGGAAUAAACAGCUCCAUCAAAUCUAACUCCGCUCAACUUCUUGCAGACGCUCUGCGCUAUUAUUAUUUUGACAGCGAUAGUGUUGUUGAACAAGCUUUGGGAGGAAAGGAUGCUGUCAGGUCGUUUAUGAAGACAGACUUGAAGGGAUUUCGUGAUUCGGAGACGGAGGUACUGAAGCAGUUGUCAUCCAUGGGUCGCCUUGUUGUUUGUGCUGGGAAUGGUGCAGUUCAGUGUGCAGCAAAUCUGGCGCUUAUGAGACACGGCAUAUCAAUAUGGAUCGAUGUCCCCUUGGAUAUGGUAGCCAAGCAGAUUGUGGAGGAGAAAUUUCAACUUCCUGCUGCUGAAGCAAUAAAUGGAUCAUAUUCCGAGGUGUUGACUCAAUUAACUGCUAUUUAUGAAGAUAGCCGUAAUGGAUAUGCUACAGCUGAUACAACUAUUGCACUACAGAAUACUGCUUCUCGGCUAGGCUAUGAUACACUGGAUGCAGUGACCACAGAAGAUAUGGUUUUGGAGACUCUGAAGGAGGUAGAGAGAUUGAUGAGAUCAAAAAAGUUGAUGGAAGAAGCUGCCAGGCCAUUUUAGUUUCAUUCACCACCAAUAGCAAUUAUUUUGUUGCAGAAUCAACAUUUAUUGUUUGGAGCCGUAAGUGCUGAGCUGAAGUUGGCGAAUGAUGGCAAUACUUGAUGCUCUUGCAGUAUUGUGAGAGAGGCAUGUAUAUUGUAAAUGUUGUUCACUUAAACAUCAGAGCUACCCAGAAAACUCCCUCCUCUAAAUCUUUGUCCACCAAAAUGCAAUCAGACAGAGAUGGAUGGGUUCAAUAAUUUUAAAUAUAUGUGAAAUUCUAGUAACCUUUCAACAAAUAUCAAACUUUAAACCCAUGUUUCAAGGGGAAAAAUUUAAAAGGCUGGGUCCAUCCAAUUUGUUUAGUUGAUAGUUCUUUGAUGAUCGUGGAGCUUUUUGAUCCCCGGAUGUACAUUU